AUACUUUCCUCGAAGCAAAGCCUUUGAACAUGUAUACGUCAUCGUUUAAGCUGAUAUUUCCCCUUCAAACCCUAACAAAAAGGAUUUGCAGACGAAGCUCGAAACUUGGAAGAUUGUACGAAACGGAAAAAUGCGACCGUUAGAGACACUGCCGCCAACGGAAACCCUAGAAAUCGAGAACGGUCUGUCACUUGCUCCGCGCGUGAAACUCAAUCUCACAAUCCACCCUUCCCUCCCUUCCAUUUCGAAGCCCAUUGACGAAUGGCAGCUAAAGCGAGCCCUAAUAGAUUUUCUCAAGACCUCACUCUCAGUCUCCGUCACCGUCCCCGAAGAAGACCUCCAAAUCAGACGGCUCAAAGACCUCAAGAAGCGGAAGCGAGACGAGCCGGUCGCCCACGGCGCGCUGUUCAUUCGUGACCUCGGGUUUUUGAAUGGUAGGAAGAAGAGUGAAGAGAGUGAUAAUGAAGAAGAGGAUGUGAAGGAAUUGGAAAAGAAGGUUUUGGAUUGGAGAAGGUACGUAGCGGAGAAAAUGGACGGGAUUGAGCUUAAUCUUGAAGGAGUUAAGUAUAAUCUUAGUGUUGAAAUUCCAGUUUCGGAUGACUUUGAUAGAAUGAGGAAAGGCUGGGAGGAGUUAUACGCGUUUGGAAAUCGAGGUUAUUCGAGGGGAGGAAGGCAAGAACCUGAUACGAUUGUGUUGAGAGGGGUUCCAUCGCGGUGGUUCGCAGAGCCAAGAGUUUCAUCCAAGCCGUCGAUGUUGGUGACACAUACUAUUUUUUCAGCAUUUGGGAAGAUAAGGAAUCUUAAUGUUGCUGAGGACGAUGAUUUCAGUAAGGGGACAGAUGAGGAUGACUUAGACAUAGUUUCAGGUCUUCACUGUAAGAUCGUGGUUCAGUUUGAGAAAUACCGGGAUUUCUAUAAUGCACUUAAGGUGCUAUGUGGUCGCUCAUUACAAAAGCAAGGAUCUCGAUUAAGUGCUGAUUAUGAGGUAAAAUGGGACAAGGAUGGCCUUUUCCGGAAUUCAAGAAGUCAAAAUCAAGAGAAGAGCAGCCGGAUGCAGGAACCUGCAGUAGUAAGAUACAGAACUGAAGCUCCCAGACGUGAACCUCAUGUAUCUCAGUUCACUACCAAUGAUAGACGCAGAAAGAGGUUUAAGGAAUAGAGAUACUGCUGCACAUUUUAAAAGAUUUAUGUAGAUUGAUCUACUAGGACAGAAUUGCAGCUAAAUGACGGAUGGAUUUUUGCAUUUGCAUUUUGAUAUCCUCAAAGAUUUAUGUUUAUAAUCCCAUGGAGUGAUGCAAUGUGGGAAGCUUGUGCAUUGCUGCGCCCGCGCCCUCCUUACCUCUCUUUAUUCUUUUUGAGAUGAUGCUAGAGUUCAGCACAUCUUGUACAGACAAUUGGUAAUUUGAUGCUUUAACCAUCAUUGCGGUCUCAUAAAUGUACUGAACGGCAUGUCAUGGACAAAGUAUUUAUGGAUUUAUUGCCCCAAAAUUGGGACUCA